AUGAAUGAAAGAGGUUUUGUGGCAUUAAAGACCAACUCGAAGCUGUUUGUACUAAAGCAUCUCUGCACGAGACCAAAGGUGACUAAGGCACGAGAUGAGGAUGCUGGGAAAUACAAAUGCGUGGCGCGCAAUAUUCUGGGAAAGGAUGAAACCUCUGCAAACCUUGUUGUACAGAGUAAGCCCAAAGUUUCUCUCUCGUUUGGGCCAUCAUACGUCGAAAAGAACAAGGACAUCACUUUACCAACCUGUCACGCGACGAGCUUUCCUCCAGCAUUGAUCACGUGGUCUGCAGUACAUGGUGAACUGGUGCAAGCCAGGACUAUAAUGAAAGACGGUCAGCUGUCAAUAAUAAAGGCUCAAAAGAAAGACUCUGGCUUAUACAAAUGUAAAGCGACAAAUAUCUUAGGAUAUGACUCAGCGUUUACGCAACUAAACGUUGUAGAAUUACCACGUUUCACGGUCAGUCCGCCUGUAAAGCUUGAAGUGGAAAAAAAACAAAAUAUUACAGUCCCUUGUCAGGCUACUGGAGACCCCAAGCCGACAGUCACUUGGGUGAGAGAAAACGACGUGCUACCUGUUGGAAGAUCAACGGUUAAUGUGGAUGGAACACUUCAAAUCUGGAAUCCCAAAGAGGAGGACUCGGGCAGAUAUACUUGUAUGGCGGCAUCGGCAGAAGUGUUUAAAACGUUUUCUGCCAUGAAACUGACUGUGACGAAAGACCUGAGGUAUUGGUCAAAGGAGUCGCUAGUAGACGUAAGGACUUGCGAUGGCCUGCAUUCACUUGUUCGAGAUCAAUAUUUACAGACAAGUCCGCGGACGUUUUUCUCCCUUUGGCACCCAUCGGCAGUCAACGCAAAUUGAUCGCACGUCAUCCGUUACAGGACUG